ACUAUUUAAUAACGUCUAUAAAACAAAAAAAUACAAGGAAAAAUACUAGCGCUUGUGUAGAAGUACACAAUCGACUUCUAGAGAUCUAAGACAACGGACUUGUCGUGCUGUAUUUUUGUUUUUAAUUGUUAAUGUUACAUUUUUGUAUUUAAUUGUUAAUGUAAAUUUAUUUUUGUUUUUGUUAAUGUUAAAUUAUUUUUGUUUUUAUCAAUAUUGAAUUAUUUUUUUAAAAUUACAAAUGUUUAAUUAAGUGUAAUAUCGAAACAAAUAUUUAUAAAAUGUUGGCGAAGCAUUCCAAGUUGUUUUUCACCGGUUCGGUUGUGUUUUUGAUUGUGGCCAUCGUGUUGGCGUCAUGGGGGUUUCCGAAAAUCAUCAGCACCAGAAUACAGAAGAGCAUCCAGCUGGAGAACUCGUCGAUGAUGUACGAUAAGUGGGUCAAGUUGCCAAUACCUCUAAUCUUCAAGGUUUACUUCUUCAACGUCACCAACGCUGACGGCAUCAACGAGGGAGAGAGACCCAUACUGCAGGAAAUCGGACCUUAUGUAUACAAACAGUAUCGUGAGCGGACAGUCCUGGGAUACGGGCCCAAUGACACAAUCAAAUACAUGCUGAAGAAAAACUUCGUCUUCGACCCUGAGGCUUCGAAUGGAUUGACUGAAGACGAUGACGUCACUGUCAUCAAUUUUCCUUAUAUGGCCGCCCUGCUGACCAUCGAGCAGAUGAUGCCCUCAGCCGUGGCUAUGGUGAACAGAGCGCUAGAGCAGUUCUUCAGCAAUCUAACAGACCCUUUCAUGAGGGUGAAGGUCAAGGACCUGCUGUUCGACGGCGUGUUCCUCAAUUGUGAUGGAGAUAGUCCCGCCCUGAGUCUAGUAUGCGCUAAGUUGAAGGCCGACAGUCCACCUACAAUGCGACCAGCUGAAGAUGGAGUCAACGGAUACUACUUCUCAAUGUUUUCACAUCUAAACAGAACAGAAACUGGACCUUACGAGAUGGUUCGUGGUACUGAAGACGUGUUCGCGUUAGGUAACAUAGUGUCGUACAAAGAGAAGAAGUCCGUUUCGGCGUGGGGCGACGAAUAUUGCAACCGCAUCAAUGGGUCUGACGCCUCGAUAUUCCCCCCAAUUGACGAGAACAAUGUACCUGAACGGCUUUACACUUUCGAGCCCGAGAUUUGCAGGUCCUUAUAUGCCAGCCUGGCGGGCAAAGCGACCCUCUUCAAUAUCAGCACUUAUUAUUACGAAAUUUCCUCGUCGGCGCUCGCUUCCAAGAGCGCCAAUCCUGACAAUAAAUGCUAUUGCAAGAAAGACUGGAGCGCUAGCCACGACGGUUGCCUUCUGAUGGGCGUGUUCAACCUCAUGCCGUGCCAGGGCGCGCCGGCCAUCGCCUCGCUGCCUCACUUCUACCUGGCUUCCGAAGAGCUGCUGGAAUACUUCGAGGAUGGCGUCAAACCUGACAAGGAAAAGCAUAAUACUUACGUUUAUAUUGACCCGGUGACUGGUGUUGUGCUGAAAGGAGUCAAGAGGCUACAGUUCAACAUCGAACUGCGGAAUAUUCCUCGAGUGCCUCAACUACAGGCCGUGCCUACUGGACUAUUCCCUAUGCUUUGGAUUGAAGAGGGGGCAGUAAUGACACCAGAUCUCCAGCAAGAGCUCAGAGAUGCCCACGCGCUGCUUUCGUACGCCCAACUAGCGCGGUGGAUAAUUCUCGCCGCAGCGAUUAUAUUAGCGAUUGUCGCUACAAUUACCGUCGCGCGAUCAACCUCGCUUAUUUCGUGGCCACGCAAUAGCAACUCUGUCAACUUCAUAAUAGGCCCUAUGGUUAAUGAUAAAAUGCGUUAAUUUUUGUUUGUAAAGGUGUGCUCGCUGUAUGGUUUCGGAAAAGGCGGUUUAUUUCACGCAAUAGUUUAAGUCUAAGUUAUGUGUACAGUUUGUUGUUAAAAUAAAUUAAUGUGAUGACA